CGUUGCUUGUAUCAUUCUGUCUACUUUCAAUAUUGAGAGUUUUUCCGCUUAUAAAGUAAGCAAAGUCGUGCCACAUCCAAAAAAUGCCAGAACUACCAAGACACCCAAUAUUCUGUAUGCACCAAGAAAACGAUUCAAUAUUGAAAAAUACAAAAUGAAAGAUAGAAAUAGGGAUCCAGCAAGAGAAUAUGCCUUAACGUCUGAAGAGGAAGUGGCUAUCAAAGAAAGUAUAGACGCAGUAAAGAGAGAAAAAUUCGUGACAAAUGAUAAAGCAACAACCAAAGCACCCCAAAAGUCCUUUAAUGAAAAGUAUGGGACAUUACCACCACGAUCUAAGACGGCGCAGCCAACAUUUAAAGAUUUUAUGGAGAAAUAUGCGUUGACCACAGUUUGGGAGCAAAUAGAUAAAGAACGAAUAGUAACUGGCAAGAACCCCACCCCGCGCAAGGAAAUGGUGUCCCUCGUUAAAGGCAUCGACAAUACGGAUGAGCUCUUGAGCCUGAAAGUUGAAAACGGUAAAGCCAAGUUACCGGUGUUACCAUCUCGUCGGUUCAGACCCGGCAAGCACAACCAAGACGCAAACUUCUUUCAGUUCAACUACAUGCACAUCCACCAGUACAUGAUCGAGUUGAUGAAACAGGCGAUAUACCAAGCGAGGAAUAGAAUGAUAUUUAUGCAGAGUCUAAGGGAGCAGCAUAAAGCAUCAGGAUUGUACAAGAUGGGAUUUCUCUUUGCAAAAACGGACCAGGCUGGUAAAACGUUUGCGUCUGUAUCGCAGAAGAGUUUUCGGAUGUGUAGCAUGAUAAGGCAAGGCUUCAUGGGAACGUACCGUCCGUACCAGAGCUACCUCGACAUCGCGUACGCCCUCGAGAGGAUGGAGACAAAGUGGUUCGACGUGGACCUGCUGUCGGAUAUGAUAGUGUUGAACGACAACAUGGUUAGAUAUCAAAUAUUUGUGAACAGAACUUUGAAGAGACCCAGAGAUCUUGCGGCCAGUUUUGAUAAAAUGUUUAUGGAAUAAAACUUGUCUUUUGUUUCA